AUGGACAAUGACACGAGCGACGCCGUGCAACACGACGAGCAACAGUCAACAUCAGUCCAUCGACGGACACCUUCUGGUUCCGGAAUUCUAUCAAAAUUUCCCUUCAUGAGAACAUCUGCAGAAAUUAAGACACGCCUAGACAUCGAAGAAGAAGACACAAUAAACUCAGUGGCCACCGCGCCGUCGUCACUCGCUCCCUUGACGCAGCUGCAAAAGACUCGGCGUCGACGAGGCUCCCUUAGAAAGGCAGCCCUUCUCGGGCGCGGUGCACAGCGUGAGAAAAAGGACACUAAGCUAUUGAAGAUUGACACCUCGCAUACUGCUGCAUUUGGAGCGGGUGUGGUUGGGGCAUCGUCGUCCUCUACCGCCACUGAACGAGACGCCCUGGGCCUUAAGACAUCCGAUUUCACGCUUCACACGGUAUCAACGGAUAUGUCUCUUCAGAACUCGGCGACUUCUAACCAGUCAGGAGUGAAUGCAAUAGCUAACGGAGGUCACGGCGAACAGGAUACAGAGCGACGCAACUCUUAUAACUCAACGACGGAUGAGGAGGAUGUACUACACAUUUCCCACAAUCAAGGCCCUCCACUCUCCACCUUGUCUGUGUCAUCCGGAUCUGAAUCCUAUUAUACGAACCGAACAACUGCCCCCCGCCGCAGAUCAUUCCAACAAACGAAGUCUCCACUAUCCUACAGUGGCAUUUCUACAACAGCUCUCCCUCAUCCAGACUCUGAUUGGGAUUAUUCAGAAACUGAGUGGUGGGGGUGGGUUGUCCUUACUGUGACUUGGUUCGUCUUCGUCAUUGGCAUGGGAUCGUGCUUGAAUGUCUGGACUUGGGCGUGGGACGUUGGCAAAACACCGUACGCACCUCCUGAGCUUGAAAACGACGAGACUCUACCAAUAGUCGGGUAUUAUCCAGCGCUCAUCAUAUUGACGGGUGUCAUGGCUUGGGUUUGGGUUGUAGUCGCUUGGGUGGGAAUGAAGUACUUUCGGCAUGCCAAAAUUAGUGGUGAUUGA